UCGGCAUCGAGUGGAAUCAGUAAGGCCGAGUCCGCGAGUCGUCAGUGUUCCACUCAGACCGGCUCGAUCAGUUUGGUUCGCUACACCGUCGCAGCGCUGGGGCUUUACCGGCGUACAUUCAACCCUAUGAAGUGUAGCACUGUGUAGGAACUAUACACAACUCUGUGAAGGCUGAUCAUUUUCUGUCGAAGAAGUUGCAGAAAGUGAGCGAUGGUUGAAGGACUGCGGCGGGCACGUAGCCCGUCAAGUCGGGUAACACUAGGUAUCGCCGUGUUACUUCUCGUGUGCUGUCUACCUACUACCCAAGCCCAAGAACAAGACUCAUCUUCCAGAUACUUGUUCCCAAAGGACAGUGGCGAUCAGCAGCAGUUGGCGGACCUGACGUUCAGCGACAACGAUGCCGACCAACCGGUGGAGCCGAUCGGAGCGCCGGCUCGCUACGAGCGAGAGGACCCGAUCGCGUCGCCGCGCAACGAGCCGGCGGACGAUGAGGACUACAAUAGCCUGUAUGGCUCCGGCUAUGGGUCCGGCGACGAGGAAGAGGGUGGCGAGAGUGGCGAGGUGGAGGUGACCUACCCCGACGACUACCCGA